GCUGUGAGGCUGAAGGCUGCUACCCAGAGCCUGUCAUGGAGUGGUGUGACGUUCAUGGACGUGUCCUCCCUGCUGCUGGACCUCCAGAGACAUCCAGAGACCGUGAAGGCUGCUACACUGUGACAAGCCAUGUCAACGUCCCGAAAACUGACAACAACACGUUCACCUGUCGGGUUCAACAGCCGAAGAUCAAACACAUGAAGGAGAGACGGGUUCAUAUUCCAGAUCAAAUGUUUCCUACGCAGUGCAAGUCCUCGUGGCUGACAGGUCUUGUUGCAGCUCUUGUUGGAGUUGUAGCUGGUGCUGGAGGUAUCUACCUGUUGAUAAGAAAAGGGAUGUUGACCAUCAGCAUGGAACCUUGGACGUCAGUAAUGCAGAACCCUUAAUGAAGAAGAACAAGGAGACGACGAAGAAUGAGGAAGAUGAGGCCAGUGAACCCAGUCUGUCAGAG